AUGCCUUUCAAAGCAUUGGAUACCUUCAAAGAAAAAAUUCUGAAACCUGGGAAGGAAGGAGUGAAGAAUGCCGUGGGAGAUUCGUUGGGGAUUUUACAAAGGAAAAUCGAUGGGACCAACGAGGAAGCAAAUGACAUUGAGCUGAAUGAGGAGGGAAGGCCAGUGCAGACGUCCAGGCAGAGCCCCCCGCUCUGCGACUGCCAGUGCUGUGGCGUCCCCAAGCGGUACAUCAUUGCCAUCAUGAGCGGGCUGGGAUUCUGCAUUUCCUUCGGGAUUCGGUGCAACCUCGGAGUUGCCAUCGUGGAAAUGGUCAACAACAGCACCAUCUACGUUGAUGGAAAACCGGAAAUUCAGAUAGCACAGUUUAACUGGGAUCCAGAGACGGUGGGCUUUAUCCAUGGCUCUUUUUUCUGGGGUUAUAUUGUGACCCAGAUUCCAGGUGGUUUCAUUUCAAACAAGUUUGCUGCUAACAGGGUCUUUGGAGCCGCCAUCUUCCUAACGUCGACCUUGAACAUGUUCAUUCCUUCUGCAGCCAGAGUGCAUUACGGCUGCGUCAUGUGUGUCAGGAUUUUGCAAGGUCUAGUGGAGGGUGUGACCUACCCAGCCUGCCACGGGAUGUGGAGUAAGUGGGCGCCACCUUUGGAGAGAAGCCGACUGGCCACGACCUCUUUUUGUGGUUCCUAUGCAGGGGCAGUGAUCGCCAUGCCCUUGGCGGGGGUGUUGGUGCAGUACAUUGGCUGGGCCUCCGUCUUUUAUAUUUAUGGUAUGUUUGGCAUUAUUUGGUACAUGUUUUGGCUGUUGCAGGCCUAUGAGUGCCCGGCAGCUCAUCCAACAAUAUCCCAGGAGGAGAGGACCUACAUAGAGACAAGUAUUGGAGAAGGAGCCAACGUGGUUAGCCUAAGCAAAUUUAAUACACCAUGGAAAAAAUUUUUCACAUCAUUGCCAGUUUAUGCAAUCAUUGUGGCAAAUUUUUGCAGAAGCUGGACCUUUUAUUUGCUGUUAAUAAGUCAGCCUGCUUAUUUUGAAGAGGUCUUUGGAUUUGCAAUAAGUAAGGUGGGACUCUUGUCGGCACUCCCACACAUGGUUAUGACCAUCAUUGUGCCUGUGGGAGGACAAUUGGCAGAUUAUUUAAGAAGCAGACAAAUUUUGAGCACAACUGCUGUCAGAAAAAUCAUGAACUGUGGAGGUUUUGGCAUGGAGGCAACCUUACUCCUGGUGGUUGGCUUUUCCCAUACCAAAGGGGUGGCUAUCUCCUUUCUGGUGCUGGCUGUGGGGUUUAGUGGCUUUGCUAUUUCAGGUUUUAAUGUCAACCACCUGGACAUUGCCCCCCGUUAUGCCAGCAUUCUCAUGGGCAUCUCAAACGGAGUGGGAACCCUCUCUGGAAUGGUCUGUCCCCUCAUUGUUGGUGCAAUGACCAAGCACAAGACCCGCGAGGAAUGGCAGAAUGUGUUCCUCAUCGCUGCCCUGGUGCACUACAGUGGCGUGAUCUUCUAUGGGGUCUUUGCUUCGGGGGAGAAACAGGAGUGGGCCGACCCUGAGAACCUCUCCGAGGAGAAGUGUGGAAUCAUCGACCAAGAUGAAUUAGCCGAGGAGACAGAACUCAACCAUGAGAGUCUUGCAAGUCCCAGAAAGAAGAUGUCGUAUGGAGCCACCACCCAGAAUUGUGAAAUCCAGAGGAAGGAAUGGAGAGGGCAGGGGGGAGUGACCCUUGAUGAGGGAGAGCUGACAUCAUACCAGAAUGAAGAGGGAAGCUUCUCAGAUACAGCCUAA